CGAUGAUUUAGCGCAGCAACUAUUCGCAUCGAUCCGCCUCACUAUCAACCUAGUCUAAUUUCUGACCGUGUGUUCAGGCAGAUAUCUAUGGGUGGCAGACUGCGCAGUACUUAAUGCCCUGGUUAAGCUUCCCAGUAACUCUCCCCGAAAACAAAUGAAAUAAACAAGAAACCUCAAUGUCACGAUUCAAAUCAUCGCGGCCUCAUCCGCUCCCUCAGGAUAUCACCCCCGGUCCCAACCUCCCCUGGGAUCUCAUCGGACCGGGAGAAUCGCAUCUUCUCGCCGAACUAGAAAAACUCUAUUGGAUAGGAGUCAAACACGAACUACAGAAUAUCAUCCAGACACUCCGAUUCUGGCAACGCUCUGAAAAUUCACACGUCAGAGUCCCCGACGAGACGGAUGACCAUGUUUAUGGCUUCGAUACGUUCAUCGACCAGGUUUGUCGGGAGAGCAGAGAUCUUGCGGUUCGAUGUGAGAGGAGGCGUCGAAAAGAAGAAAAUAACUUCGUUACACAAGCUCAGCAAUACGAAAAUGCGGUGAAACAGGCGUUACUUGAUGUCAAAGCAGAGAGAGAUGCGAUGAGGGUUAGAGGGGAGGUCAGGCAUGAGAUCAAAAAUCUUCCGAAAUUGAACGGCCUCGAUUUUCGUGCGUGCAUGCUACUACAGGCUGAUGGGUUCCUGGACAUCGACAAGAUCACCGAAUACCGACCCCCUCGCGAUAAGACAGGGCCAAAGCCCCGUAUACCACAGCUAACCCUUUCAAUCAACGAACACCCCCAGCCCGAAUUCCAUCCUCUGCGCUGCUCAGCCUGCAACGCCACCAUCUACGACAGCAUGUUCACCAAGCAACCACCCACACCAAAGCCCUUUACCAUCUGCUGCGACUGCUACUGGACGCACCACUACGGCGAUCCCACCCUCGUCAAAGUCCACAAACAUUCGAUCCUGCAUGCCAUCGACGGACCUACCAGCAGACGGCUCUGCCAGUGCACAACAGUCCAACACUCUGAUGCGCUUGGCCGUCCGCGCAAUCUGUUCCCUCUCAACCUUGACGAUCGACAUAUCACGACCGGCAAGCUUCGUUGUCCACUGCUGGAUCUGACAGAUAUGGUUGCGCACGCGAAAUACCGCGGGUUGCUCGCCAGUGUGGGGGUGGAACCGCGAGGGUCUUUGGCGCGGGUGAUCGAGCGAGUCAAGUCGAUUAGGGUGGGAAGGGGAGAUAGAUCGAAUCGUGAGGAUCGAGUUGUGUCGGGGACUUUGCACGACAUGGAUCCAGGUGCAGGACACCCUGCAGAGGACGACAUCCCGGCGUUUUUCCGCCAUCGCGCAGACAAGAAUCCGUUUGGGGAAGUGCAUAUGGCGUUGCGGAUUGGGCCGUUGGUCAUUGAGAAUGGUGUUGAGGGUACCAAGUCAGGUGCCUUGAUAACCCUAAGAGAGAUGUCUGUUUUCCAUGAGAGCUUUCAGCAUGGAACACACCAGCCUGCACUUGCGGUUGAUGGAUCUCCAGAGAGAACUAUAUGGCAGCAAUCGCAACGGCCAAUCGAUAGCCCCAAGCGAUAUAACGCCAUCAUGAAGCAGGUCGUGGGAGUGCCGUUCUCCGGUCUCGCUGAUUCCGAGCAGAGCAGGGAGAAGAAAAUCAUCAAGCUCGUGAUAGAAGCUAGUCAAUCACCCACAGCCCUGGAAACAGACACUCAGCAAGAACUGGACUCGCGCAUCUCUCGCAUCCUCGAGCAACUGCAGCACCUCCUCGCCCCUCGAGUGAAAACCUACCUCUCCAGCAUCACCUCGCAGCUCCUGACCUCAACAACCACACUCACAUGGAACCCAGUAACGAACAACUGCACCCUCACCCCAGCCCCAAAAUCCAAAUACGACAUCCCACCCGGCCACAUCGACGAAUACCUCACCCACACCCCCUCCUCAGACCUCAUCGACACUCUAACCCAGUACUCCACCGACUGGGCAUCCUUCCCUCAACCCCUCUACCCUCACCAAGAGCUUUUCCCAUGGGACUGUACGGAAGGGUACGCUCGAUGCCCGACGCCCUGCGGAAGCUGCAACCUGGCCAAGCACGUCUGGGCGUUUCCGUUCGACUCGUGGUCUCUGGUUUCGAUGCACUUAGGUCGAGAGAGGUGUUUGUAUCCGAACCAAGACAAACAAACCCUCUCCUGGCUCCAAAACCGCCUCUCCAUCCUCACCGCAUCAUGGCUCCUCACCCGCACAGCAACCAGCAUGGCGCGAUCCUCUACCUUCGUAAACUCCCCUCUCUGGAUCCAUCAACCCCCGCGCUCUUCAUCUCCAUCCUCGCCAUCCAUCCAUUCGAUCCCUAGAGUAAAAACAGGGGGAGUCCACCGCGCCCAACCAAACAGCCACUCCUUCGAGCUCGGGACCAACGCACAUUUCUUUCUCGCAACCUGGGCAGGAAAGUCGGCUUACGAGCAACGGAGUGCGUAUGAGAAGGUAAGGGGAGAGAGGAUGAGGAUGCAGGAUGUUUUAUCUAGGACGAGGGGGAGGUUUCGAAAGAUAAAUACCUCUUCUUCCUCUACUACCUCAUCCUCCUCAUCUAACAAGGGAAAGAAGGAGAAGGAAAAGAAGAAGGCAGGAGAGAACUCUCCACCAAACCAGACCCGCGCAUACAAAGGCUUCGAAGGCGAGGAUAGUACGCGCUUUACGGGGAAUUUUCAGAUUUUCUAUAAUGCGUCGUAUACCCCUUUUUCUGAUGAUGGGGCUGGAGCAGGAGGGGAGUGCGUUGAUGCUCAGUUUGCGAGUAUCGUUGGGUUGGCCAGUAUUGGGCAGUUUGGGGCUGAUCCGGGGUAUGAUCCGGCGACGGAUCCGGGGGUGAAUUGCGCGACUGGGUGUGGGAGUUCGAGUGCUGGUGACUCUGGUCAUGGAGGUGGUGGUGGUUAUGGUGGAGGAGAAGGAGGUGGCUCUAGUGGUGGAGGAGAUGGAGGAGGCGGUGGAAGCAGUGGAGGUGGAGGUGGUGAUGGAGGAGGUGGUGGUGGUGGUGGUGGUGGAGGAGAUGGGGGAGGAUGA